CGGGCGCCCAGAGGAGGCUGCUGAGCCCCGGGCCAUGGUCCAGUCUCGCCGGACCUGGAACCUGGGAGCCACGCCCUCGCUGCGCGGCCUUUGGAGAGUGGGCCGGGCCCCGGAGCCAGAGCUGGAGCCCGGGAUGGCUCGCCCCGCCCCAGCCAGCCCGGCCUCCCGCCCUUUCCCACACACCGGCCCGGGGAGGUUGAGAACUGGGCGUGGAAGAGAUACCCCAGCCAGUGGUGACGAAGACUCUGGUGCCCGAAUUGCAGCCCACCCAGCCCUAGCUCAGUGCCGAGCCCUCAGCGUGGACUGCACUGGCCCCGGGAGCCCCCGCAGGCUCUACCUGAGUGUGCAACAGGCCCUGCGGGACAAGGGGUGCAAGAGCAAGAGUCAGGGGACGAAAGAAGAGACGCUCCUGAAGAGGCAGGCGCCGGCCCCCAGGCGGGACCGGGAGGCCCCGGAAGCUGGUGGCACCAUGAAUGUAGAGAAAACAGGUGGGCGGCUCUUUGGCAGCGGGAGGUGCUCAGGCCUGCCGGGGCCGCCAGGUGCGGCCCCUGUGGUGCAUAGGAUGGUGGAGGCCAUGUCCCAGCUACAGGAGGAGAGAGCCCGGCUGCAGGAGGAGCUGGUGGCCCUGCGGGAGAGGCUGGCCCUCCGCGACAGUGACCUGCCAGCCACAUCCACCCAGCCGCAGAAUCAGGUGGAAAACCUGAAGGAGAAACUCAUUGGCCAGGCCCAGGAAGUGAGCCGCCUCCGAUCAGAGCUGGGAGGCACCGACUUGGAGAAGCACCGGGACCUGCUGAUGGUGGAGAAUGAGCAACUGAGGCAGGAGAUGCGGCGCUGUGAGGCGGAGCUGCAGGAGCUGCGGGCGAAGCCGGCGGCCACCUGCUCGGGCUGUGAGCACAGCCAGGAGAGUGCCCAGCUCCGCGACAGGCUGUCGCAGCUCCAGCUGGAGGUGGCAGAGAACAAAGGCCUGCUGUCCGAGCUGAACCUGGAGGUGCAGCAGAAGACCGACCGGCUGGCUGAGGUGGAGCUGCGGCUCAAGGACUGCCUGGCCGAGAAGGCGCAGGAGGAGGAGCGGCUGAGCCGGCGCCUGCGGGACAGCCACGAGACCAUCGCCAGCCUGCGGGCCCAGGCGCCGCCCGUCAAGUAUGUCAUCAAGACAGUGGAGGUAGAGUCCUCUAAGACCAAGCAGGCCCUCAGCGAGUCCCAGGCCCGGAACCAGCACCUGCAGGAGCAGGUGGCCAUGCAGAGGCAGGUGCUGAAGGAGAUGGAGCAGCAGCUGCAGGGCUCCCACCAGCUGACUGCACAGCUCCGGGCGCAGAUCGCCAUGUAUGAGUCAGAGCUGGAGCGGGCACACGGGCAGAUGCUGGAGGAGAUGCAGUCCCUGGAGGAGGACAAGAACCGGGCCAUCGAGGAGGCCUUCGCCAGAGCCCAGGUGGAAAUGAAGGCCGUGCACGAGAACCUGGCAGGUGUCCGGACCAACCUGCUGACACUGCAGCCGGCGCUGCGGACCCUCACCAACGACUACAAUGGGCUCAAGCGGCUUAGGAUCGGCCAGGCCAUCGAGGAGGUCAACAGCAGCAACCAGGAGCUGCUGCGCAAGUACCGCCGGGAGCUGCAGCUGCGCAAGAAGUGCCACAACGAGCUGGUGCGGCUGAAAGGGAACAUUCGGGUGAUUGCUCGUGUCCGGCCGGUCACCAAAGAGGAUGGGGAAGGACCUGAGGCGACCAAUGCAGUGACCUUUGAUCCCGAUGACGACUCCAUUAUCCACUUGCUGCAUAAAGGAAAACCUGUAUCCUUCGAGCUGGACAAGGUCUUCUCCCCGAGGGCCUCACAACAGGACGUGUUCCAGGAGGUUCAGGCCCUGAUAACCUCCUGCAUCGAUGGCUUCAACGUCUGCAUCUUCGCCUAUGGCCAGACGGGCGCCGGCAAGACAUACACGAUGGAGGGGACCCCUGAGAACCCGGGCAUCAACCAGCAGGCCCUGCAGCUGCUCUUCUCUGAGGUGCAGGAGAAGGCGUCCGACUGGGAGUACACCAUCACCGUCAGCGCCGCUGAGAUCUACAACGAGGUCCUCAGGGACCUGCUGGGGCAGGAGCCCCAGGAGAAACUGGAGAUCCGGCUGUGCCCGGACGGCAGUGGGCAGCUGUACGUGCCAGGGCUGACGGAGUUCCAGGUGCAAAGCGUGGACGACAUCAACAAGGUGUUCGAGUUCGGCCACACCAACCGCACAACCGAGUUCACCAACCUGAACGAGCACAGCUCCCGCUCCCACGCCCUGCUCAUCGUCACCGUGCGUGGCGUGGACUGCAGCACCGGCCUCCGCACCACGGGGAAGCUGAACUUGGUGGACCUGGCCGGCUCAGAGCGCGUGGGCAAGUCGGGGGCCGAGGGCAGUCGCCUGCGGGAGGCGCAGCACAUCAACAAGUCGCUGUCGGCCCUGGGGGACGUCAUCGCGGCUCUGCGCUCCCGCCACAGCCACGUGCCCUUUCGCAACUCCAAGCUCACCUACCUCCUUCAGGACUCGCUCAGCGGGGACAGCAAGACCCUCAUGGUGGUACAGGUGUCCCCUGUGGAGAAGAAUACCAGCGAGACACUCUACUCCCUCAAGUUUGCUGAGAGGGUCCGCUCUGUGGAGCUGGGCCCCGGGUCCCGCAGGGCAGAGCUGGUGUCCUGGUCCAGCCAAGAGCAUCUGGAGUGGGAACCAACCUGCCAGACGCCACAGCCCUCGGCACGAGCCCAUUCGGCCCCCAGCUCUGGGAUCACUAGCCGGCCAGGCUCUAUCCGGAGGAGGCUGCAGCCGUCAGGGAAGUCGAGGCCAUUGCCUGUGUGAUGGACGCGUCCACCCUGCGGUGCCAGGGGCUGGGUCCCCAGGCCUCACCGGCCUGCUCCUGCGGCAGUGCAGGGAGCCCAGGACGUGAGGCUCCUUUUCGGCUCCGUCUCUCCUCGGAGAUGAGAAACAUGCUCAGAAGGAAAUGGUGUCUCUUGGCUGUGGCUCUGGGUACAAAUGGCACGGGCUGGAAGGGCGAGAAUGGCCUGCUCUGCCUGGCAGGCCCGGGCCUUCGGGGUGUGCCCUCGUGGGGAGGGUAGCCGUGUGUGGUUGGGGGGCCCUCGCCGGGCUGGCCCAGCUCUCCCGGUCUGCAGGGCGCCCUCUGUGGUGGGUGGCCGGGGAGCCCCUGGAAGGCACAGGAACCGUGGGAUUGGGGCGGUUGGUGGGCACCCCACUCUCCGGGCGUGUGUAGUGUUCGUUGGUGUACAUAGGAGCGCGGCCCCGGCUGCCAAGGCCGGGCCGUCUGCGGCUGGCAGGAGGCCAGAGGGCGGGGAUCCUGCUGCUCACCCGCCUGGCACCAGGCGCUCGCCUUGCUCACUGGCCUCUUGAUAUUUUCCUCCCUCUGAAAUCCUAUUUAAGAACUUUUGGAAGCUUAGCCAUUUUUACGUAUUAAAAUAAAAGCCUUUUUACACAG